CUCACUAUUUACGGUUUGGUACAAUCCAAGUGGAGUUCAGAUCGAUAUUAUCGCGUUGCCGGUAAAUUUUACGAAUAUUUCCAGUAAAAGUCAUGAGAAACUCUAAAUGAUGAAUGAAAUUCAGUGAACUAAGGACUGUUUUUGUGACAUAGGGUGUUUUUCCCUUCAAUUAUUUUUUAAGUUGAACAUGGCGGAGAAAAACGACGCCACCGAGAUGAACCUACUCACGCCGAACGGCGACAAACACACCAGAUUCCAAGUCAACAGGGUGCGGAAUGAGGGCCAGAGCCAGAAUGCGGAAAGGGACGGGAUUGAUGUCGCCUUGAACAUGGCCAGCGAGGAUGAGCACACCGACGACGACGGAGACCGUGACCUCCAUUCGGUCACUGACAGGACGAGGUUGAAUUCCGAACACGCGAAGAGUUUUCGGCAGCUGACGAGAGAGGCCUUGCCACGACUUGACAACUACAGGAACAUAAUGUCCAUCCAAGCCGCGAACAGGCCAACACUUGACGAACUCCACAAUGCCACGCUUCCAAACAAGACUCCUCCUCCCACUUCAAGCAUCUCGAACGGCAAAAUCCCAAACAGCGAAGGACAAAUAAAAUUCGGAUGGAUUCAAGGAGUCUUAGUAAGAUGCCUCCUGAACAUUUGGGGUGUCAUGCUCUUCCUCCGUUUGAGUUGGGUGGUAGCACAAGCUGGUAUAGGAGAAGCAAUAGUGUUAAUAUUGACCACAACAAUCGUAACAUCUAUAACAGCCCUCUCCAUGUCAGCCAUAAGCACAAAUGGAGUUAUAAAAGGAGGGGGUACAUAUUACAUGAUUUCAAGGAGCUUAGGCCCAGAAUUUGGUGGUUCCAUUGGCUUAAUAUUCUCACUGGCCAAUGUAGUAGCUUGUGCUAUGUACAUAGUUGGUUUUUGUGAAUCAUUGCAAAGCUUAAUACUAUCUAACGGAGGGCAUUAUUGGGUCAGUAGAAUAGACGACGUUAGAAUCAUCGGAUGUGUGACGCUUAUAAUUCUGACAGUUAUAGUUGUCGUUGGAAUGGAAUGGGAAGCCAAGGCACAACUCGUUUUGCUAGUUAUCUUGCUGGCGGCCGUUGUAGACUUUUUUAUUGGGAGCUUUAUUGGACCAAAAAAUGACACUGUUAAGGCUAGAGGAUUCUUGGGGUACAAUGCAACUUUAGCAUAUGAAAAUCUAUUUCCGAAUUAUCGGGAACAGGAAGGAGUCGAACAUGAUUUCUUUAGUGUUUUUGCCAUAUUUUUCCCUGCUGCUACAGGCAUUCUUGCUGGUGCAAAUAUUUCAGGAGAUCUUAAGGAUCCACAAACUUCUAUACCUAAGGGUACUUUAUUGGCUAUUUUUAUAACGACAAUAUCUUACAUCCUUAUAGCUGUUGUGGUCGGUUGCACUGUCCUUCGUGAUGCUACAGGCAAUGUGACUGAUUAUAUAAAUGGAAGUUGGCCUGUCGGUUGUGAGCCAAAGUGUGAAUACGGAUUGCAUAAUAAUUUUCAGGUGGUCGAAUUGGUAUCUUGGGUAGGAGCAGUUAUCUACGCAGGUUGUUUCGCUGCUACUUUAUCUUCAGCAUUGGCAUCAUUAGUUUCGGCCCCAAAAGUAUUUCAAGCGCUUUGCAAAGAUAAACUGUAUCCUAAAAUUGAAUGGUUUGGUAAGGGAUACGGGCAAAACAAUGAACCUAUCAGAGGAUACAUUUUGACAUUCGUUAUUGCUGUAGCAUUUAUUUUAAUUGGUGAACUAAACCUGAUCGCACCACUAAUUUCAAACUUCUUCUUGGCCGCUUAUACUUUGAUAAAUUUUUCAACUUUUCAUGCUUCCCUUGCAAAACCUGUUGGGUGGCGGCCUACUUUCAAGUACUACAACAUGUGGCUCAGCUUAAUAGGAGCAAUCUUAUGCGUCUUGGUCAUGUUUCUGAUAUCUUGGUUUACCGCGCUCUUGACGUUUGCCAUUGUUUUAGCCCUCUACCUUAUCGUAGCAUACCGAAAACCAGAUGUCAAUUGGGGAUCAACCACACAAGCGCAAAUUUACAAAAACGCGCUCCAGGCAGUGCACCAACUAAACUCUGUCGAGGAACAUGUGAAGAAUUACCGGCCCCAGAUAUUGGUUUUGUCUGGAAUGCCGAGUGCUCGACCAUCUUUAGUAGAUUUUGCACAUUUGCUCACUAAGAACUUGUCUAUGUUGGUCUGUGGACACAUUAAUACUGAUCCUCUUCCUCAAAGAAUUCGAAACGUUCUAAACUAUAAAGCCAACAGCUGGCUGAAGGCACAUAAACUGAAGGCAUUCUAUAUGCAAGUUGAUGGGUUGUCGUUUGAGGAAGGAGCGAAAGCUCUCCUUAAAGCUUGCGGUAUUGGUAAACUUAGACCGAAUAUCCUUCUAAUGGGUUUCAAAUCAAAGUGGCAGACUUGUCCAGCAGAGGAGCUGAACCAGUAUUUCGAAGUGCUACACAACGCUUUCGAUUUGCACUUUGGUGUUGGCAUAUUAAGAGUACAGCAAGGGCUGGAUGUAUCACUUAUAAAGGAAGAUGAAGAGGCGAAAGGAAGUAGGAACAGUCCUGAAUUCACAAGGAGGAAACAUUCUUUAAGUCAGAUGUCUCAAGCGAGUAGUAGUAGUGAUAGAUUCCUCUUUGCAAGUAAUAAAGAAACUAUAAAUGCUACUCCCAAUCCAGAUGAGUCAUCCGUGAAGAAGACAAAAUCAAAUGUAGGAUCGGUCGGUGAUGAUCAGUUAGAACCAAAAGAUUUAGCCUCUCAAUCGGAAAUGUUCUUCUUCCAAAAGAAGCAAAGGCGUGAUGGAACAGUAGACGUGUGGUGGUUGUAUGAUGACGGAGGUUUGACAUUGCUUCUACCUUACAUAAUGUGUACAAGAAGGAACUGGAACAACUGCAAACUCAGGGUAUUUGCCUUAGCCAAUAAACAUGAUGAGUUGGAGCUUGAAUAUCAGAAUAUGGCUAGCCUUUUGGCAAAAUUCAGGAUCGAUUAUACUGAUUUGCAAGUGGUGCCGGAUAUUACAGCAAAACCGCAGGAAUCAACACAGACAUUCUUUGAUUCUCUUAUAGCUGAUUUUAGAACGGAAGAAAAAGAAAAUGAUUCAGUCUACAUAUCGGAUGCAGAACUAAUGGCAAUCAAGGAUAAGACAAACAGACACAUGAGGUUAAGAGAAUUGCUUCUUGAACAUUCUAGUGAAGCAAACAUGGUAGUCAUCACACUGCCCAUACCAAGGAAAAAUAUUGUAUCAGCUCCUCUUUAUCUGGCUUGGUUAGAACUGCUGACAAGAGACAUGCCUCCGAUUUUGUUAGUAAGAGGGAAUCAGACCUCUGUCCUUACAUUUUAUUCUUAAGUUUUACAGUAUUACAAUGACAAUUAACCUUUUCUGCAAGACAGUGAAAUAGUUAUUUAUAUAGUUAAUUUUUUUAAGAUUUUUUAUCUUUACAUUUUUAAAGAUAAUUUUUUUAUUUAAUUAGGUAAUUAUUGUACGAACGAUAGAAACCACAAAUACGCUUAGUAACUGUACAAUUUAUAGGGACGAAUAACUGAUUUUAUUUGAAAUUUUUAUUUGAUUAACCUCUAAAUUUAAUAUAAAAUGGGAUUUUAAUUCAUAUAAAAGUUGUUGUCCCUAUUACUUUAAACCAUUUAUUACUUACACUACUUUAUAUACAUAUUUAUUAUAAAAUAUUUGCCAAUAAUUUUUAGUUGUAUCAUAGCAGAAUACAAUAUAUUUUUUUAAUAAAAGCUAGUCAUCAGUACAUAUUUAAAUUUCACGAGGUUAAACAUAGUGCCAUUACAUAUUUGUCGAUGGAAUUAAUAUUAGUAGUUUAGUAAUAAUGUAUUACAUGCGGGUACAAUUUACUAAUAACUGUAGCUUACUUAAGUGUCCUUUUAUCUUUUUCUUUUUAUAGUUACUUUGAUAUUUUUCGAUAAAAUGUAUGUAGACUUACUGUAUAAACUUAUAAAGCUAAGUAGGUCAUUUUCUCCAAAAAUUGUGUAAUGUAUUUCCUGGGUGUUAUCUUUUAUUAGUUUAAUUUAAUUUUUUUGUACUUACUUCAGUACCCUUAAUGAGAUUCAUUAUAUACAACCAAAUUGCUGUACAACUAACAGAGUUUGAUAUUUCUGUCCAAAAUCAAUGGCGUCACAAAGAAAUUUCAAAAUAAUUUAACUGCGCUAGAUAUAUUAAAAAUUAAAAUAAACGUACUAUAAAUCCUCAAUUUUUUUCCACUUAAAUCCGAUCAAAAAUUAACAGUCAGUUUAUCAGUAUAUGUGACGAUACAAUCAACAGCUUCAGAGUAAUAAUCAUUUAUUCCACCUAAAUAAUCAAAAUUGUUCACUUCAGAAUAUUACUUACACUGAACAUAAAAAUUAUGUCAUAAUAAAAUUAUCCAGUAUGGCAGCUGUAAGAUUCUGUUUUUAUGCAUUUGACUUUCAAUAUAGCCUUUGCACGGAUAGGAAUCGCAACCCAUCAAACCGUUUCACAAAUAUGACAUUUUAUUACUGCAUAAAUCAAGAACACAUUCAUUUAACAUGACUUGGAUGAAACAUAUUUAAAUUUCUUUAAUGUGGCAAUCCAUAUUACUGCCUAAGACAAAGAUUUUAUGAACAGCUCAGUUAUGCAGUUAAGUUAUACUACAAGCUUAAUCUGUUUUUAAGUCUCCUAGAUAAUAGCAAUCCAUUUUCCCUCUAUGCCUUCCAACUUCCUACCUCUUUGUGACGAACGAAAUGAACCACGGUCAAAGUAUCAAACUCUAAUUAACAUUGACAUACUUGUGACAGUAAUUUAUGUUAGAUACAUUUAUUUUUAUGUAAUAUUAUUACUGAUGUAGAAAUUUACAACUUGUUCUACAAGUUAAACUAAACAAACUAUGACGUGAAACUUAGUUUGAACUUGGAGAAUUGUAUUACAACAUUAAUUUAAGUAAUUUUUAAUUUUUUGUACCUACUAGGUAGUACUUUUCAUCCUAGAAUUUAUUGCAAGGAAAUAUGAAGAAAUAUGUAUUUUUAACAAAUAUAUAAGUGUUUAUUUUUAAUAACUAUUAUUUUUUGAAACUUGAAACGUUAUUGGAUACAUCGAUCAACAGUCAAAGGCCAAUUGCAGGUUGAAAAGGCAAUAUAAUGUAAUAACACAUAACAAUACAAAUAGCUGAAAGUCAAUUAAUUCUGCUUAUAAUCGAAUUAAAGGGUGUUUAAUUCGAUGAUAGGAUUCUUGGGUUUUACUCCAGUUAUUUUGAAUUCUGAAAUAAUCAUUUGUAGAUUCUACAGGGUGAUAGAACUUAUCCAAAAAAAAUUUAAAUUUCAUGAAUGUACAGGGGACU